CUGGACACGACCGGAGACGCGCCAUUCGUCUCUCGCCGUCCCCAGUACCCUGCCAGUACCCCGCCAGUACAUUGCUUCACGUUCUUUUCUCCUUCGCUCGUCAUGGGCUUCUCGAGGAAAAGCGGCAAACUGGGAGGCCUUCGACGGUGAGGGUUCGGGGAUUUCCCCCCGUCGAGAGAUACGCGAGGAUCUCGAGAGGGCGGGACGCGAAGAGGGCGAGAUAACGGGGAGGCCUUCGAGGCUGCUCCGAUUCUCGAGACGCAUUCCGAGGGAGACCGCAGGGAGGACUCGAGGGAAACCGGGGGAAGACUUCGAGGGCUGAGUGAUACGCAACUUCCUUCAACGAGCCCAUCGUCGCUUUUUAUGCAUCAUGAGUCUAAGGAAAGUGACGAGUUAUGCGAACCAGGCGUUUGACACGUCCGGGGAGGACCCGGCCAAGCUCGCGGAUGGUUCGGCCACCAAUGGAGUUUUCGUGAUCGGGGGAGAGAAGCCUCCCCCGUACGAAGAGACUCCAAAGGACGAGGAAGCCGGGGGUGCAGACCGCCCGCAAUGGAACAACCAGCUCGAGUUCCUCCUCUCCUGCAUCGCCAUGUCGGUCGGGCUGGGGAACAUCUGGAGGUUCCCAUUCAUCGCUUACGAGAACGGCGGAGGGGCCUUCCUCAUCCCCUACCUCAUCGUCCUUUUCGUCAUCGGGAAGCCGCUCUACUUCCUCGAGCUCGUCAUCGGGCAGUUCUCCUCCUUCGGCUGCGUCCGCAUGUGGUCCGCCGUCCCUGCAAUGAGAGGCAUCGGCUACGGUCAGAUGAUCGCAACCUUCAUCGUGGUCACCUACUACACGAGCAUCAUGGGGACCUGCGUCUUCUACUUCAUCCAGUGCUUCAGCAAAGUUCUUCCUUGGACCGAAUGCGGGAAGCCUUGGACCGAUGAGAAUUGCUACUCUGCGGCCAGCGAUUCCCUCAGCAACCUCUCUGUUCAUAUGGAAUCUUCUUCCGAACAAUACUACCUGAACGAAGUACUGAAGAUGUAUAACUCGACUCGAGGCCUCGACGACGGAGUGGGAGCGCCAGAGUGGAGGCUGACCCUGUGCCUCCUCUUCUCCUGGAUCAUGAUCGUCUUCUCUCUCAUCCGAGGAGUUCAGAGCUCGGGAAGGAUCUCGUACUUCACCGCCUUGUUCCCUUACGUCGUGCUCAUCACCUUGCUCAUCAAAGGAGCCACGCUCGAAGGCGCCGGCGAAGGAAUCCUCUACUUCAUCACACCCCAGUGGGAAAAACUCGCCGAGGGAAAAGUUUGGUUCGCGGCCGUGUCACAGUGUUUCUUCUCCCUCUCGGUCGGUUUCGGCUCCAUCACCAUGUACGCCUCGUUCAAUCCGUUCCAGCAUAAUGUAUACAGGGAUGCGCUGAUCAUCAGCGUGAUGGACACCUUCACGAGUCUCUUGGCGGGCGUCUCCAUCUUCGCCAUCCUCGGCAACUUGAAACACAGCAUGGGCGCCGACAGUAUCGACACGGUCGUGAAAUCUGGCGGCGGGCUCGCCUUCAUUUCCUAUCCCGAUGCCAUCGCCCAGUUUGACGCAGUUCCUCAGCUGUUCGCCGCGAUUUUCUUCCUGAUGCUGUGGACCCUCGGAGUGGGCAGCGCCGUGGCUCUGAUCAGCUGCGUGAUCACGGUCGUCUGCGACCGAUUCCCCUCGUGGGACAGGCGGAUCGUCACCGUCGUGCUGUGCGUGAUUGCGUUUCUCAUCGGGCUCGUUUAUGUGACGCCGGGAGGGCCGUACGUGUUGGGACUCGUGAAUUACUUCGCCGGAGACUUCCUCAUCUUCAUCCUGGCGCUCUUGGAAACGGUUUGCCUCUGCUGGGUGUACGGCGUGGGGAGGAUCUGCACGGACGUGCAGUUCAUGCUCGGGAUAUACCCGGGAUGGUACUGGAGGCUGUGCUGGUUCGUGCUGACGCCGGUGAGCCUGCUCGGGAUUCUCAUCUACGCUGCGAUCAACAUGGGGGAGCCGGAGGCUGAAGGAUACACGUUUAAAGGGGCGGCGCUGGUUUGUGGAUGGCUAUUGGGCGCAGUGGCCGUGGUGAUGCCCGUCAUCUCCAUCGUGCAAACCUACGUCACCCGGAAGGGCAACUUGAGGGAGAGGCUGAGCCAGUGCGUGAACUUCAAAAAGGAGACCUGGGGCCCGAAGAGCCAGAAGAUGCGACGGGAAUGGGAGGCGUUCAAAGAAACCCACCGCCAUCGGAAUCGCUCACGGCGGAAACGAGUGUGCACAAUCGAAGUACUGAAGAUCCAUCCACCAAUUCAAGGCCUCGACGACGGAGUGGGAGCGCCCGAGUGGAGGCUGGCCCUGUGCCUCCUCUUCUCCUGGGCCACGAUCGUCUUCUCUCUCAUCCGAGGAGUUCAGAGCUCGGGAAGGAUCUCGUACUUCACCGCCUUGUUCCCUUACGUCGUGCUCCUCACCUUGCUCGUCGAAGGAGAUACACUCGAAGGCGCCGUAAUUGGGAUCAUCCACUUCAUCAAACCACAGAUGGGGAAGAGAGCGUCGACCUAA